CAACCCAGCCACAGCCGGUGCAUUAACCGCUGAACCCCGGAUUUGAGCUCGUCAUGGAAUUUUGUACUUAUCGAUUCGAUUAGCGCGGUCUAUCGCCGCGGCCAUUUGGGUCACCCAAAAUACCCCAGUCCUCGCAACCCUUGGAAAUCACAAACAAGAUGGCGGGAAGGCAAUCCAAAAUAGGCACAUGGCUCAAGAUGCUGGCAGUCGGCGGCGGAGUCUGCAUUGGUGGUCCAGCAUUCGUCUUCUGGGUCCAGCCGAGCGACGAGGAGCUCUUUAAGCGCUACAACCCCGAACUACAGAAGAAGAGCCUCAACCGGAAGUUCGAGAGGCAAAAGGAGUUUGAUGAUUUUGUCUGCCAGCUGAAGGAGUUUUCCAAGUCGGACAAGCCGAUAUGGAUUGUACAGGAAGAAGCGGCGCGCAAGUUCAAGGAGGCCAGGCUGCAGGAAGAUGCUAAGAAGGCAGAGGAGGCCAAGGCAAGGAAAGAGGCGAUGCGGAAGGAAGCCGGUAUAAUCGGGGACGAGUAGUCGAGGACGCAGUGCUAAACUGCAAAACAUUCUGGUCGAUGUAUAAACAAAGGGAAAGGGUACGGCUUUGCACAUCUCUGGGGCGUUCUGUGGAAUUAUGGGUUUUCAACGGGAAGAGGAGUGGCCUCGAACCAAUUCUCAAGGUAGAACGAGAGGCUCGGUUUGGAAAAGACUCAAACUGGCCGUCGUCAAACGGAACACUCAUCUCGAUUAUGUAUCACCAGCUGUAGCAGUGGCAACAAGAUCAACCAUGCCAUACGAUCGUUGCUGUCUUCAGCUUU